UCUCACUUCCCUUUUUCUUGUCCACACCCCACCAUUGAGUUACUAGAAUUGAGAUGGCCAGCUCCCUCCCCACUCUGGCUAUUCCCGGCCAGCGUCUGGGCCCCGUGACCACCUAUGCGGCCGGUCCGGGGACGCACGUGCAGAACGCUCACGUCUACGCGUCCAUCGCGGGACCCGUCGUCCUUGACCCUGCCAAUGCCGGCUCGCAAGCCAAGUCCACCCUGACCGUCUCGCGGAACGCCGCUUCGACGGGUCAAAAGACCUCCGCCCCGCCGUCCCGGAAGUACAACACCCUCCCCGCCGUCGAUUCGAUCGUGCUGGCGCGCGUGACCCGGGUGCAGAAGCGGCAGGUGACGGUGUCGAUUCUGGUCAAUCACAGCAGCGCCGACGAGCUGCGGUUCCAGGCUCUCAUCCGCAAGGAGGACGUGCGGGCCGUCGAGAAGGAUCGCGUCGUCGUCGACGAGAUGUUCCGCGUGGGCGACAUCGUCCGCGGGUCCGUCAUCUCCCUCGGCGACCAGAGCUUCUACUAUCUGACCACGGCGCGGAACGACCUCGGCGUCGUCAUGGCUCGCAGCGAGGCGGGCAAUAUGAUGUUCCCUGUGAGCUGGAAGGAGAUGAGAGAUCCGGUCACGGGGCAGGCUGAGCUGCGGAAGGUGGCGCGGCCCUUUUGA